AUGGCUUCCAUCUUGCGACAGAUUGUCGCGGGGCCGCGUUCUCGGCAUCCUGAAGCCGGCCUGGAUCUUUGUUACGUUACUGACAACAUUAUUGCAACAUCGGGUCCUUCAGAAACAUACCCGCAACUCGCAUACCGAAACCCUCUCGACCAACUCGUCAAGUUCCUCGAUACCAAGCAUGGUGAAGACUGGGCGAUAUGGGAGUUCCGUGCCGAAGGAACAGGCUACCCAGAUGAAUCUGUGUACGGUCGCGUGAGGCACUACCCAUGGCCUGAUCAUCAUCCCCCACCAUUCCGACUCGUCCCCAUGAUCAUGGCCAGCAUGCGCAACUGGUUGCACGGCGGCGAAUUGGGUGGCGGAGCAGUCGCAAGCGAUGGAAGACCUAUGUCUUCGGGCCAAGGUACACUCACUCAAGAGCAAAAGGAUGCAAAGCGCGAGAAGCGAGUGGUUGUGGUGCACUGUAAAGCCGGCAAGGGACGCAGUGGCUCGAUGAGCUGCAGUUAUCUCAUUGCAGAGGAGGGGUGGAAACCCGAGGAUGCUCUUGCCCGCUUUACAGAGCGACGUAUGCGACCCAAGUUCGGUGCUGGUGUAUCGAUCCCAUCGCAGCUGCGAUGGAUCAGCUAUGUUGAUCGCUGGACUAAAGGCGGCAAGAAGUACAUCGACCGACCCAUCGAAAUCGCCGAGAUUCAUGUUUGGGGCUUGCGCCAUGGUGUCAAAGUAGAUAUCGAAGGAUUCACUGACGAGGGCAAGAAGAUCGACAUCUUUCACACAUUCAAGAAGGAAGAGCGCGUGGUCGUUGACCCUGCAGCACCGGAGGAGAGUGGUAUCAGCGAUAUGAUUUGGGAAAUGGCUGGAUAUCCUGCUGCAAAGGGGAUCCAGAAAGCACCUGAAGAAGCACACUUUUCCGAAGCGGCGAACCGUGAAGGCGACGACACUGUGGAUGCGGCCGAAGAAAAGGAUGGAAAGGGCAGGAAACACGCUCUUAAGAGGAAGGGCACAGAAAUCUUGCACAAGGUGUCGCCGGCGAGCUCGCAUAAGGGUACAAUUAAGUCGAAAGAUGAGUCUGCUACAUCUUCAAAGACCGACCUUACGAAUACCUCUGAGGAAGAGCCAGGUGGUAUGGCGGUUAUCCUAAGGCCUAAGGAGCCGGUUCAAAUCCCGAACAGCGAUGUCAACAUUUCAGUCGAGCGCCGUAACAAGACUCCAAAGAGCAUGGGUCUCACUAUGGUUACGGCUGUCGCACAUGUUUGGUUCAACACUUUCUUCGAAGGCCAGGGACCCGAACGGGACGGCAAGGCUCUCGAUAGCGGCGUGUUCAGCAUCGAGUGGGAUGCUAUGGACGGCAUCAAGGGUUCCAGCCGCAAGGGCUCCCGAGCCUUUGAUCGCAUUGCUGUCGUAUGGCGCGUAGCUGGUACCGACGCCCUGCCCGAAGAAGUGCUCGAGCCUGCGGAGGGACAGCCUGUGCCGCAAGCCAGGCCUGCUGAUUGGCAGGGUGCGAAUAAGGAAGACCCUGACAACCAGAAGGACUUGGGCCUCAGGGUGCAGAGUCCUGCGAGUGCGGAUGUGAGCAAGGCGAGCAGUAUGGCUGAAGAGCUUGAUGACAAGAAGAAUGACGGAGGUGAGCUGGAAGGUGUCAGAUCGAGUGGUCCGACAGGAGAGGAUCUGAACACUGGGGAUCACGGCGAGGUCAAGGGCGAUGGGAUCAAGAAGGCGUAG